AGCAUUUGAAAAUGAGAAAACGCACGGCUGUGAACUUUUUUAACCAGUUUGUGCGCAGUUUUGCUACGCCUUACCAGCAAUCGCAACAGCCACCACAAGCUCCAGAUGUACUCAGAUAUUUGAAGCCGUUCAGUUGUGAAUGGUUGUCCCGGCCAGAAAUUGCUUUGUCAGAAUAUUCGGAAGCAAUUUCAUCAAAUAUGGCUGUACUAAACGAGUUCAAGAAAACGGUGAUUAGCAAAAAAGUGGUGAAAAAACUGGAGGCCAAGUUUAAUCCGUUAGCAAACGAGCUGAGAAACCUGAAUCGAAAGAGCAACUCAUCGCCAACUACCGAUGACGCCAAAGCCGUCCUAAGAAGCACUGUCGACAAUGACGAGGAGUUUGAUGCUACAAUUGAUAAUUUAUUUCAAGCAGCAAAUGCAAUGUUUUGCAUAGCAGCAAAUCAAGUCGUAGCACGCUCUCUUCUGCGCAAUCCAAAUGCCUACUCAAGAAUAAUCGAAGUCUCCAACGAAACUGGUCAAGAAUUUCAAAGUAAGGGCGAUGUAAAGGCAAUGAAAAGAUACUUGCUACAAGAAUUUACAACGGAGAAAGAAGACACAAAUGAUACCCCAAGAAGCGAUAUCUUAAGAGAACUUGACUGGACAAGCGAAGACUCUUCGUCGGAAAGCAUUUCAGUGAGUGAAUCCUCUUCAGAAUCGCUGACUCGUAGCAGGAAAAGAAAAGUCAUCCACGAAACCGACAAUUUCUCCUCAUCGGCAAAAACCAAAAAAGUGCGAAAGUCACCCCAGAACACUCCAACCGCUAACAGACAAUCGGCGGAAGGUGGGACGUUUACGAGUGCAAAGCAAAGAAGCGAAGGGAGAAGAAAAGAAGAAGAGAAUAGUAUACCAUUGGUAAAAGCCACCAAAAAUAAAAAACAGAAAAAGAAGACAAAAAAGCGGACGAAGCAUCGCCGAAACUAUCUGAAGUAUCAGCUUGUUGAGAGGAAAUCAAAGACAUAUGUUAAGGAAUUAAAAGAACUUACAAACUAGGCUUGGAAAAUGUAAUUUGAAAAAGCAUAAUUUCAUUUUGGGUGUCGGGAUUUUUACAUUAUCGUUUGUAAUAUAACCAAAUGCUGUGUUAAUUUAAAAAACGAGUGAAAGUUAAUGAUAAUUAAAGAGAGAGGUUAAUAUACCCCGGUUUCGGUGUACGGGUACGAAUAGUGUCAUCUUGUUUUACUGAUGUCUGUAAUUCGAUCAUACUUUUUCUGUUUUCUUGCAAUAGACAAUGAUAUAAUGCGAAAAAUGGGCACCUUAAUUACGAGUAAAGGGACAGACAUCGACGAAAAUAUUGCUAACCAAAAUCAUGCUACCCGUACACGUACACCGAAACCAGGGUAUCUUCUCUCUCGGGGUAUCCUCUUUAAUGCGACAAUAAUUGCGUACUUCCAAAGCUAAUUACGUUACAUUAAAAUUGUGAAUUUUAAUUAAUAUUAAUAUUAAUGUUUAUCAUGGAGGGUAUUGAGAUUCGAUGUAAAGUUUGUUGAG